AUGGCCGGGCAGCAUCUGGAAGACGUCCAUUUUUCUGACGAGAAGGAAGACCACACUAUCUCAACAACUCAACAGGAGUCAGGCAGAAUCACCGGCUGGCUCAUCGGUCUGCUCCUCCUCGUCGCCAUAAUCCCCUUCAUCUGCAACUUCGACAUCUCCUUCACGGGCGUUUCACUCGCCCUCCCAUCGUUCAACAAUACUUUCGGCAAAAAAAGCACAGUCUCCGCGACGGGGGCAAAGUCAUGCAGCCUCACGACGACCCAGCAAGCACUCAUCUACAUUCCCUACUUGUUCAAUGCCAUUGGCGGUGGUCUUGCUGGUCUCAUUGGGAAGUACAUUGGGAGGAGAGGCUGCAUUACUGUGGGCAGUGCGUUCACAAUCAUUGGCGCUUCUGCCAUUUUGGGUGUGCAGAGUGAACUCUCCCAUCUCAUCAUCUCCAAGUGUGUCAGCGGCACGGGGCUGGGCAUGCUGUUGGCUGUAGGCAUCACAUAUGGGGCCGAGUCCACGAGUGCGGAGAAGAGAGAUAUGUUGCUGGCUUUGUUCAACGUCGGCCUCUGCCUCGGAAAUAUGACGACUGGGGCGAUGGCCGUCGGGACAAGCAACUUCCCUGACACAGAUGAUUGGCAGUGGAAGACGAUGGUCGCUGUCCAGAUACCUCUGGGAGUUCUGCUAGGUAGUGGCAUAUGGCUCUUCCCCGGAAGCCCUCGCUGGUUAGUUGAGAAGGGUAAAGACGAGAAAGCCCGCGAAGCCUUCAGCAAAUUCUCAGGGGAGGGCGUGCACUCCGAGGCGAUCACGAGACGUAUUCAGAACAUCCACUACCAUCUGACAGCAGGGCGAGAAGAGCAGAACCAGACGACAUGGCUGGAUCUAUACCGAGGGACAGACCUACGACGAACGCUCAUUUCUGGCUUUCUCCUCACCGGCCUUGCCCUCUGCGGUACGCAGUUCGUCGUUCCAUAUACGGCACUGUUUCUCAAAGACCUCCACAUCGCCAACACCUGGAUCAACAACGUCAUUGUGGCAUCCUGCGUCACAGGCGGUUCGAUCGUCUCGCCCUUCGUCAUUGGAUACUUUGGCUGCCGCAAGAGUCUCAUUUGCGGUUACGGAAUUAUGGCCACAUCCAUGAUCUUGUUCUCGGCCGUGAGUACAGCACUUGGGAGUGGCCACCAUACAGCUCAGAUCAUCUUGGUUGUGUGCUUCUGCAUCUGGACCUUCACGCUGGGAGCUUCUGUGGGCGCAUGUGUAUUCCAGAGCUCGGUCGAUAUGCACACUGGUCGUCUGCGUACGUAUGGUCAAGCCAGCACGACUAUCACGUACCAGCUCUUGGCCUUUGCGUCAGGCUUCUGGACCCCGUAUAUGCUGGGCGUCAACUAUGGUGAUAUGGGCACGAAUGUUGGGUACUUCUACUUUGGGGUCGACUUUGUACUCAUGGUGAUUGCGUUCUUGGUGGUGCCUGAGACUUCUGGCCUGUCGUUGGAGGAGAUGGAUGACUACUUUGAGAGUGGAAAGGCGGCGUGGACGACUUCCUACCAGAGGAACAAGAGGAUUCAUGUUGAGUAG